AUUUUAUUUUACGGCUCAAAAAAUUAAGAAGCGAAGAAAGUUCGUGAAAAAACUAAAAACCUUCGUCAUUAGUUACCAAAAGCUUCUCUGAAUCGCUUCGAAUUGUCCUGGUGAUAAUAAAGUUAUAUUUGGACGCUACUUUUAAAUUCCUUUCAGCAGACAAAGAAUUAUUGAAUUAUGGCUACACGACUAGCAACAGCAAGAAACUUCAUCACAGUCACGUCGGUUAUAAAAGAUGAAUCUGAAACAAAUUCGCCGCUUUCUAUGACCAAUACAACAAAUACCAUAUCAGAAGAUCAACGAACAACACAAAUCACGCCUGUCGCCUUACAUCAUGUUAAUCUGAGUCAGAAAAAAAUUAUCCUUCAAACUGCACCAUCGGGAAGUGUCAGUGUGAUUGAUGUUGUGCCCUUAGAAUCUUCAGAUUCAUCUGAUUCAAAAAUAUUAGUAGCUGAACCACUUACCACAUCACCAGAUGGUCAAAAUCAGAAUGGUCAACAAGUAACAGCGCAAGUUGCUGUUGUGCAGGCACAAGGAUCACCAAGCGGUCAACAUUACAUCACAGUUUCGGGUAAACUUUCGGACGGAGUUCAGAAAUUGCAAUAUGCGCCUCUUACAACAGUCGAAUCCUUCUUAGAAGAAGAAGCCCUUGUUGCUUGGUUGGUGGAAAAUUAUGAGACAGCUGAAGGUGUAAGCUUACCACGAUCAACAUUAUACAAUCAUUAUAUGAGACAUUGUAAUGAACAUAAGUUGGAUGCUGUCAAUGCGGCAUCAUUUGGAAAGCUUAUUCGUUCAGUCUUCACUGGAUUACGCACACGUCGAUUGGGAACAAGAGGAAAUUCAAAAUAUCAUUAUUAUGGUAUAAGAAUAAAACCAGGCUCAAAUUUAAUUAAUGUUGUUGUUGAUGAGAAGCCAUCAGUCAAUUCUAGUCAAUAUGGAAGUGGAAAUAGCAGUGGAACAAGUGGACAAGCUUCAGGGUCAAGGAAAAGAUUCAAAGCUAAUCCUGAAUCUUAUGAAACAUGCGCUCAGUUUCUUGGUGAUGGAAGUCAAGCAAUUCCAUCAUUUCCACAAUUGGAAUUGCAACAUUCAUUACCUGAUGAUGUAACACUUGAAGAUGUCGACACACUUCGUUCAAUUUAUCGUGAACAUUUGGAAGCAUUUCUUGAUGCUGUGUUGAAUUUGGAAUUUAACACAAUUGAAUCAUUGUGGCGUGAAUUUUGGCGUGCUCAAGACAACAACAACAUGGACGAAUGUGAAGAAGAAAAAUAUUUGAGUAAGAUGAAGCUUUUUAAUUUGUGUCAAUGUGAAGCUGUUCAGAGCUUUAUGAAGCAAAUUGAUUUUCAAUUUUAUCAAAAUAUGGUUGAUGUUUUGAUACCUGAUGUUCUCAGACCAAUUCCAUCUACAUUAACGCAGUCAAUCAGAAAUUUUGCAAAGAAUUUAGAGAAUUGGUUGACAUCAGCUAUGAUUGGAUGUCCCGAAGAAAUUAUUCAAAUUAAAUUGUCAGCUGUAUCCGCAUUUAGUCAAACAUUACGUCGUUAUACUUCGCUGAAUCAUUUAGCACAAGCAGCACGCGCUGUUUUGCAUAAUACAACGCAAAUCACUCAAAUGCUCAACGAUUUAAAUCGUGUUGAUUUUCAUAAUGUGCAAGAACAAGCUUCGUGGGUAUGCCAAUGUGACACAGCAACAGUUCAGAGACUUGAAGGUGAAUUUAAAGCUGCUUUACAACAGCAAAAUACAUUGGAACAAUGGGCGGCAUGGUUGAGAUUAGUUGUUGAUCAAGCACUUGAAGAAUAUCGUGGAAAAGCUUCUUAUGUUAAAGCAGCCCGUCAAUUCUUACUGAAAUGGUCGUUUUAUAGCUCAAUGGUUAUUCGUGACUUAACAUUACGUUCUGCUGCAAGUUUCGGAUCAUUUCAUUUGAUUAGAUUGUUGUAUGAUGAAUACAUGUUCUUCAUACUCGAGCAUAAAGUCGCUGAAAAUACAAACACUCAACCAAUUGCUGUUAUGUUGGGCGAUGAUGCUUUCAAACUUCAUCUUUCAUCAAGCUCUAAUGAUUUAACUUUAUAUCAUGAGAAUGAAUUUAUUAUAUCGCGUUACUGUGACAAAAUAAUUGUGAACGAAGUAUCAGCUCAAGAUGGAUCGUACGUCCAAUAUGUUGAUUCAGAAUUGUACGCGACAACCACUGGUCAAGAAUCUUCUCAAAUGACAUAUCCAGUUUAUGCUGUUGGUGAUUACGCAGGUGGUCAGCAAUAUUUCGCAACAACUGCAAGUAAUUUCACAUCAUCAUCAUCUUCAAAUGGCAAUGCCAAUAGUAAUUCUUACAUCGUGCCUGUUGAUGAAGCCAUUUUAGGAGUGACUCAAUCGCGAGGAUCUCCACAAACAAUUUCUUCGGAUGUGGCGUAUAUCCAAGGACAAGGAGCUUCAAACUCAUCAUCUUCAUCAUCAACCUCGACACCAGCCGCUUCAAAUCAACAAAGCGAUACUCACAAAUCAAAUAACAAUAUGGAUUCAUCUGAAUCCACCCCAAAUUUAACACAUGCAACGAGAGUUUCCCCAGCAACGGUUGCUUGGUUGGUGGAAAAUUAUGAGACAGCUGAAGGUGUAAGCUUACCACGAUCAACAUUAUACAAUCAUUAUAUGAGACAUUGUAAUGAACAUAAGUUGGAUGCUGUCAAUGCGGCAUCAUUUGGAAAGCUUAUUCGUUCAGUCUUCACUGGAUUACGCACACGUCGAUUGGGAACAAGAGGAAAUUCAAAAUAUCAUUAUUAUGGUAUAAGAAUAAAACCAGGCUCAAAUUUAAUUAAUGUUGUUGUUGAUGAGAAGCCAUCAGUCAAUUCUAGUCAAUAUGGAAGUGGAAAUAGCAGUGGAACAAGUGGACAAGCUUCAGGGUCAAGGAAAAGAUUCAAAGCUAAUCCUGAAUCUUAUGAAACAUGCGCUCAGUUUCUUGGUGAUGGAAGUCAAGCAAUUCCAUCAUUUCCACAAUUGGAAUUGCAACAUUCAUUACCUGAUGAUGUAACACUUGAAGAUGUCGACACACUUCGUUCAAUUUAUCGUGAACAUUUGGAAGCAUUUCUUGAUGCUGUGUUGAAUUUGGAAUUUAACACAAUUGAAUCAUUGUGGCGUGAAUUUUGGCGUGCUCAAGACAACAACAACAUGGACGAAUGUGAAGAAGAAAAAUAUUUGAGUAAGAUGAAGCUUUUUAAUUUGUGUCAAUGUGAAGCUGUUCAGAGCUUUAUGAAGCAAAUUGAUUUUCAAUUUUAUCAAAAUAUGGUUGAUGUUUUGAUACCUGAUGUUCUCAGACCAAUUCCAUCUACAUUAACGCAGUCAAUCAGAAAUUUUGCAAAGAAUUUAGAGAAUUGGUUGACAUCAGCUAUGAUUGGAUGUCCCGAAGAAAUUAUUCAAAUUAAAUUGUCAGCUGUAUCCGCAUUUAGUCAAACAUUACGUCGUUAUACUUCGCUGAAUCAUUUAGCACAAGCAGCACGCGCUGUUUUGCAUAAUACAACGCAAAUCACUCAAAUGCUCAACGAUUUAAAUCGUGUUGAUUUUCAUAAUGUGCAAGAACAAGCUUCGUGGGUAUGCCAAUGUGACACAGCAACAGUUCAGAGACUUGAAGGUGAAUUUAAAGCUGCUUUACAACAGCAAAAUACAUUGGAACAAUGGGCGGCAUGGUUGAGAUUAGUUGUUGAUCAAGCACUUGAAGAAUAUCGUGGAAAAGCUUCUUAUGUUAAAGCAGCCCGUCAAUUCUUACUGAAAUGGUCGUUUUAUAGCUCAAUGGUUAUUCGUGACUUAACAUUACGUUCUGCUGCAAGUUUCGGAUCAUUUCAUUUGAUUAGAUUGUUGUAUGAUGAAUACAUGUUCUUCAUACUCGAGCAUAAAGUCGCUGAAAAUACAAACACUCAACCAAUUGCUGUUAUGUUGGGCGAUGAUGCUUUCAAACUUCAUCUUUCAUCAAGCUCUAAUGAUUUAACUUUAUAUCAUGAGAAUGAAUUUAUUGUCAAAAUGGAGCCAUGCAAGAAUUUACCACAUUAAUUAAUGUUUACAAGAAGACAAAAUCAUGCUUGAUUUCCUGCUUGAUUGAUGUGCCUGUUGUGAGUCGAAAGAAGAAUUUGAAGAUGAGAAAAACUCAUAUUUAAAAACAUUUCAAGGAAUUCUUUCUUAAAUUAUUUAUAAAAUUAAAUUCCAAGAAAGAAAGAAGUUUUAUUUUAAGCUCAGUUCCAAAUAGAUAUGCCAAGUAAAAUUGUUUGUAAAUUGAGGAUUUUUCUAAUUUAAUGUAAAAGAGAAUAAAUGGCGUAUCAGGAAGCGUAUAAUUCUAAGAACUUUAUGUUUCAUUUGGAUUGGAACUGUAACAUUCAUUCGGUAUAAAAUGUCAUAUCUAAAUUCUUAUAUGUAUGUAGCAUGCUCAAAACAUCAAAUCCAUCCAGUAACUGAAUGAAAAACGGAUUUUAUGAAAUGAAAAUCUGAAAAGUAUUUAGUUCUACUUUAUAUCAAAGAAAAUUUGUAAAGAAAAUGAAAAUCUAGUCAGUAAAUAUGAAAAGAAAAUUACAUAUUGAUUGUUUUAAGGUGAAAAUCAAAUAUUUUUUAUAAGAAAGAGUCAAAACAUUCCAAUUGUCAUGAAUAUUUCGAAACUUAAAAAAAUUAAAAUUAUUUUGGAAAACUUGUCGUUUAAUUAAUGGAAUUGUAAAUGUGUGAUGAAUUUGUGUCUCCAAAAAAAUUCAUGAAAGCUCAGAUAACAUUCCGAUGAUGAUAAAUCGUCAAAGAUAAAUAAUAUCUUGUCAAAUUUUGUUGAUUCGCUUAAUUUUUGCUCAAAAUUUUAUCUAGUGAUUCGUGAUGCACCUGAUGUUUCUUUUACGUGUGUUAGACAAUUAAGAUUUGUUUCUCAACAGAAGUUUUCCUUUUUAAUUUUGUCAAAUUCCCCAAAAGUGAAAUGUAUUCAAGAGAAAAAUAUGAAGUCACUAUCAUAAUUUUUUUUAGUUGUGAAAUUAUCACCAAAGUACAGUAGUAGAUAAAAAUAUUUUUAUUGUAAACAAGAAGAACGUAAUAAAGUGGAAAAAUAAUUCGAGUGAAC